UGACCUCAGUGGUGUGUGUUUUCGGGCGGUGGCGGUCGCCCUUUUCCUGUUCCUGUUUGCUUCCUGUGCUUCCGCGACGGCAGUUCGCGGUAUGGCACGCAGCGCCCAGGCGCGCCAAGUCGCCAGCGUGGGAAACAAGCAAAUUCCAAGUCUUUCCACGUCUUGUCCCGUGGUCUUGGCGAUCCAGGACAGGGCCCGACAUGCCAAGCGACCGGGGUGAAGGCGCACAGCUGUCAUAAACCGUCGUAAAGUAGGAGUGUAAUGCCAUGUGCCACCUUUCUCUUGGCCUUUUUUCUUUCCAUCUUCUUGAUGUUGGUCAUGUCGCUCUUUUCUGAUCAAUCUUGCGGUGUUGAGAGCAAUGGAUAUGCGAUUGAGGUACCGGUACCUCCUGAGACGCCGGCCAGGGAGCCAUGGUGGCGCACCGCCGCCCAUGGCACGACAACAAGAUCAAAGGCCAAAGGAGAAGGGAAACCCCCUGAGUUGGGAUCACGAGUAUGGUCACAUGACUAGCUUUCCAGCCACUUAGAUUCCUUCUCCGGCCUUCCCAUGGCGCAGCCAUCCCUGACUCAAUCCCUCCUUUUCGCU